AUAGCUAGAAUUUGUAUAUUUGUGUUAGAAAAUUUCAAAGCUGCUGUUGAUGCUGGACAUAUUAUUUAUGAUAUAGAUGUACAGAAAUGGGCCCUGCAAGCACAAAAGGAUAUUGGUCAUCAAGGUUUUCGUUUCAAAGCAUCAAAACAUUGGGUCAAAAUUUUUAAGAGAGCCCAUAGAAUUGUUGGAAGAAAAAUUAAUAAAUUUAUUACCAAAAAUAACAAUAGAAGAAGCAGAUUAUUUACAAAAAAAAGCUGAUGAAUUUGUUAUUGAAGUGAAAAAUCUUAUUAAAGAAAAAGGAAUAGAAAAUAUAAUUCAGAUCAAAGUAGAUUUCAAUUAGAAGUCCAUUCUGGCCGUACAUUAGCAAUCGAAGGGGAAAGGAAAGUAGAAUGCUUGGUGCAAUCUGUAGCUUCUAUGACUCAUAGCUGUACAAUACAACCAACAAUAUCUGGUGAUGGUAUACUUCUUUUCCAUCUUUUUAUCGUUCUUAAAGAAAAAACUGGUUAAUUUGGGCCAAUUGUAUCACAAGAGUUGUUCAGACCAGCUAACAUUUAUGCAAUGGCUUCUAAAUCAGGAAAAUUAACUUCAGAUCAUUUUAAAACAUGGCCCAAAGAAGUAUAUUUUCCGAAUGUUGGUUUAUCAAAUGUACUUUUGGUAGACUCAUGGACUGUGCACUGUCCUUCAGCCGUAGAAGAAGUAAAACUUACUAAUAAAGAAAUAACUUUAAAAAUAAUUCCAAAAGGAUCUACAGGCAAAAUACAACCACUAGAUGUUUUUGGAUUUAGGGUUAGGAAAAAUUAUGUAAGACACUUUUCGGACAGCGUGAUACUGAUGAAUGAAGAAUUGAAUCUUCAUUUGAGAAACAAUAUCAUUAAACUUUAAUCUUUAGUGCGCAAUCAACUAUCUUCUCCGAGAUACAUAAAUCUGUUUAAAUAUUCAUGGUAUGAAAGUGGCUACACGGAUGUUCAUCUUGAAAAUUUUGAAAAUCCAGUAAA